UUCUGAAAUAAUAAUAUGGUAAAAAUAACUACGCUAAAUACGAUAGGAGAAUAUAUGUGUAUUUUUUUUGGUAUGUCAUAGAAAAUGAUAAAUAUAUAUAAUAAAGAUAAAAUUCGUAAAAUAAACUGUAUCAUCAAAAACGAAAUGAUUGACAUAAAUGAAAUCAAUAUAAAUAAGUCGUUCGUUAAUUGAUGCUUAUGACAUUUUAUUUAUGUGAAUUUACCAUCUAUCUUAAAAUUCAUAGAUCAUUUAUAUUUACUCGAUGUUAUCGUUAUUACAAUCAGCUGUAGUCUGUAUAUACUUCAGUAAAAAUAUGUUAUUUUUAAAUGUGCCAUUUAAUUGUGUACUUUAACAGUUGUUUAAUUAAAACUUUCCUUUAAUUUAAAGGCUAAUAUAAUUAAAACAAUCAUGUCAUCUCAUUAUGCACCUAAUCAUAAUCAUGACCAAAAUGACUAUGUUUCUAACAAAAAAAGACAUAAUAAAAGAGACGAUAAUAUUACUGAAAGUAAAAAACAUAAAUCCUUAAGUUCACAUAGUUCGUUUAGUCAUUCAACUUUGCAAAGGAAUAAAGAUGAUGAAGAAUAUAAACAAAUGGAUUUAACAAAUCAUGGCAUUGAACAAUCGUAUGAAUAUAAGUCACAAUAUGAUAUUAAAAACUUUUCUUUUAGUAAACACACAAACGAAUUAAAUAAAGUAUUUACAGCCAAUACAAACUUGAUUCCUGAUACAAAUGACUUUUGGAAAUUUGUUCAUAAAUAUGAAAUGAUAGAAAAAAGAAUGAAUAAUACAAAUGAAAUAGAAAAAGUCUCUGAUUUGAAUUCUCUUGGAGUACCACAAAUAUAUCAUAAAACACAUUGUAUAAAUUUCAAAUUAAAUUUAAGUUUUGGAGAGUUAUUUGCCAGAGUUCCUGAAACUAAAGCAUUAACAAAAGGGCUAUUAUUGAAAUUCAAAUAUAUAAUUAGUUUAUAUUUAGAUUUUAAACAAAAAGAAAAAUUUACUAAAUUAAAAAAGCUUAGAGAAACACAGGCAAAUCUACCUGUUGCUCAAUAUAAAAAUGAAAUUAUUGAAACAAUUAAACAAGAAAGAGUAGUUAUUAUAGCUGGUGACACUGGUUGUGGAAAGUCAACUCAAGUGCCCCAAUAUUUAUAUUCUGCUGGUUUUAAUAAAAUUGUUUGUACACAACCAAGGAGAAUAGCAUGCAUAUCUUUAGCAAAGCGUGUAGCUUUUGAAACAUUAACUGAGAACUAUAAUGAAGUUGGUUAUCAAAUUCGCUUUGAAAAACAAAAAACUCAAGAAACAAAAAUUACUUUUAUUACAGAGGGUUUACUAUUAAGACAAGUAUCAGGUGAAUCAGGAUUAUUACCCUAUGAUGUUGUAGUAUUGGAUGAAGUACAUGAACGUAAUUUACAUGGUGACUUCCUAUUAGGUGUUAUGAAAUGUAUUAUACAUCAAGAAUCUAAUAUAAAGUUAAUACUGAUGUCUGCUACCAUCAACAUACAGUUGUUCAGUGAUUACUUUGCAAAAGAGAAUGCAAAAGUGAUACAGGUUCCUGGAAGAUUAUAUCCAAUUCAAUUAUUAUUCCGACCUAUUACUAUAGAAGAUAUGAGAUAUAAGAACAAUAGAUUUAAUCCCAGUCCAUAUGUACAAAUAAUGCAAAUGAUUGAUCACAAAUAUCCAGCUGAUGAAAAAGGUGAUUUAUUAAUAUUUCUAAGCGGAAUGAAAGAAAUUACUGCAGUUGUAGAUGCUGCCAAGGAAUAUAGUACAAAAAAAAAUAAUUGGAUUGUUUUACCAUUACAUAGCUCACUCUCUCUUGCUGACCAAGAUAAAGUAUUUGAUUAUGCUCCAGAUGAAGUGAGAAAAUGUAUUGUAUCUACAAAUAUUGCUGAAACCUCUAUUACCAUAGAUGGAAUUAGAUUUGUAGUAGAUAGCGGUAAAGUGAAAGAAAUGAGUUAUGAUCCUUUAUGUAAAAUGGAACGCCUUAAAGAAUUCUGGAUCAGUAAAGCUAGUGCAGAACAAAGAAAAGGUCGUGCUGGUAGAACUGGACCUGGUGUAUGCUAUAGGCUUUAUUCUGAAGAGGAAUAUACAGCUCUUGAAGAAUAUUCGACUCCUGAAAUACAACGUGUACCUUUAGAUUCUUUACUAUUACAAAUGAUUGCUAUGGGAUUACCAGAUGCAAGAAAGUUUCCAUUUAUAGAACCUCCACCAUCACAAAGCAUAGAAAACUCAAUAUUAUCAUUAAAGGAGCAUAGAGCGUUAACAAAUGAUGAAAAAUUAACAUCUAUUGGAGUAACAUUAGCACGUCUCCCAGUUGAUAUAAGAAUAGGAAAAAUGUUAAUAAUGGGUUCUAUUUUCCAUCAAGUUGAACCAGUAUUAUCACUUGCUGCUGCUUUAAGCAUACAAACUCCUUUCACCAACAGAGCUUAUAAAGACAUAGAAUGUGAGACAUCUAGGAAAAAGUUAGAAUCUGACCAUGGUGAUCCCAUAACAUUAUUAAAUGCAUUUAGAGAAUGGUUGGAAGUGAAACAACAAAGUAUACACGAAUCUAGAGGAAGCGGAAGUAACAGCAGAAAAUGGUGUAGAAGAAGAGGCUUAGAGGAACAAAGAUUUUAUGAAAUGAUAAAAUUACGUACACAAUUUAAAGAAUUACUUCAAGACUGUGGCCUAUUAAAAGGUGUAGUCGAACCAAAUUCUUCUAUGACUAGUGCCGAGCGAGCAAUACGACAUGGUGAAUUAAAACUUCUAAAAUCACUUAAACAAACCUAUAAAAAAAGUGCACCCAGAAAACGUAAACAAUUGAAAAUAGACACAUUUGAAAUACAAUUAGAAGAUAAUGAUAAUAAUGAUGAUGAAAUAGACAUAAAAGAUGUUGAAUUUCGAAUGAAAAAUGACGCAACUCAAGUUCAAAAUCUUUUAACAGCAGCUACUGCAUGUAGUUAUAAAGAUCUAACAAUGUUAAAAUUAAUACUUUGUAGUGGUUUAUAUCCACAAUUUGCAUGUGCUGAUGAAUUUAAUUAUUGCAAGUCUACAAGUGAGCAGCUGUUUCAUACAAAAACUAAGCCAUAUGUUGCAUUACAUCCAAUGAGUUUCUUUGGUAAUUAUCCACAAGUUCUACAACUGGAGGAACAUGAUAUAACAUCAAUACCAGGUUUUAAAAGCAAAACUCCUGUUAGUUCUAAACAUCAAUUAUUAACAUAUUUAUCUCUACUAGAAACUACAAAACCUUAUUUAGUAAACACACUCAAAAUGCCUGCUGCACAAACAUUAUUAUUGUUUGCACAAGAAAUUGAUACUAACGCUACGUUUUCAAUGAUAGUAUGCGAUGCAUGGCUACUAUUAGAAUUUCCUGUACCUGAUACUGGUCAGACACUAUUAAUGAAAUCUACUAAGUUACGUCACAAAUGGGAAUUUCUUUUAAAUGAAAGACUAAAAGAUUCAGGAACUACAAAUAAUAUAUAUAAUAUUAGCAAGAUAGAACAUGAACUUACUCAAGAAUUAAUUGACUAUAUGCAUACAACAGUUCCAUAUGUAAUAAAGCGACUUUUACCUGCUGAUUUAAAAGCAAUAUAUGUUGGCAAUGGCAAUAAUUUUGUACAUAUUGAUCCUAAUCCUUUUAAAGUUGAUUUUAAACCUAUAUGUAAUUCAGUGAAAGGAGGAAUAUAUCUAACUGAUAAUAUUACAUAUAACUGUAUGAAAGAAACUGAUUGGAGUGACAAAAUAGCUGUUGAUAUGUGUGAAACUACCUGGACUUGUCAGCAAUGCAACGUAGAAGCUAUCUUUAACAGUAUUGAAAAACUCCAACAUCAAAGUAUUUGUAUGCAGUCAUCAGUAAAAGAAACUACUGAUAAAGUUGAAAAUAUAAAGUCAAAACCUAACAGUCAGGCUUACAAUUGUCCUGAAUGUUCAAAAACUUUUCAUCUUACACCUAUUGAAAUAUUGAAACAUAAAAGGCAACAUAUAAAGACAAAUAUGUCAUGAUCAAUUUAAUAUGUUAUUAUUUAAUUAAAACAGAAUAUCUAAUACACUUCAGUACAAUGGGCAAUAUUAAAUUUAUUUAUAAUUGCAGAUGUAACAAAUAACCAAAAAUAUACAUUAUAUUAUAUAUUUGUACAUUUAUAUAUAUACACAUACACAUACAUUUGAAAUUAAGUAAUUAUAUAGUAAUUAUGUCCACGGCAAAAAAUUUACAAACAUAAAACAUCCUAUGAUUGUAUAUCCUAAAAAAUAAAAUAAUAUAAGCUUAUCUCUUAAAGUAUAUUUUUGCUUAAACGAAAAUAACAUCUUCCAUUUAGAAAUCAAAUUUUCUUCAUUCUUGCAUAUUGAAUCACUUAGAUUCUCAAAUUGUGGUACAUAAGAUAAAGAUAAUGCACAAUACCAAUAUACAAGAGGACUAGCAGAACAUAAUAAACGUGUACUUACUUGAAUAUGUACAAAACAAAUACAAAAUACUGUUAAAAAAAGUCCAUGUAUUACAAACACAAACAUCUCCGCUGGAUAUUUCUUUUCUGAUGUAUUUUUUUCAUAUUUUAUAUCUAUAAGUCCUAAAGAAAAAAAAUGCAUUUUGUGUUCUGAAUAGAAUUCUGUAAUACAUUUCAUCAUUAUAUAUAAUAUUGGAAAAGCUAAAAUAAAAUUUGGAAUCUGCUUUAAUUUAUAAUAAUUUAAGAAACUAACAUUCCAAUAUUUCUCUUGUAUGUAAGAGUAAGCCAUAGGUAUUUUUGCAUGACACCAUGUAGAAGAAGUCGCAUUAUAUUGCAAUACUAAAUUAUUUUUUGUAGCAUAAUCUACAAUAUGAGUUGGUAAUAUCGGCGCAUUUAAUGUUAUUUUACAAAAUAUCACAUAAUUGUAUAUUUGUAAAAAAAUAAAUGGAAGUAAAGUUAAAAUCACUAUAAUCAACAGUAGAAACAUACUUUGUAUAAAUUUUUUUUUUAUAACUAAAUUACAUAAUUUUAUUAUGGAUAUUUUGUCUUUAGAACUAAUUUCUACUGUUAAUGCAUUAAACAUACUUUUAAAUCUAAAAUAUAUAAAAAAUCCGAUAUUUAUAAUACCAUUCGAUCUUAUAAGAGUAGAUAAUCCCAAAGGAAAAAUUGUAUAUAUAUUAUUUUGAACACUUUUCAACAUGCUAUAAAAAGUGAAAUAUGCAAACAUUGAUUCAGUGUAUGCAGCAGAAAAAAAUAUACUAGCUGGACUUAUGCAAUACAAUAUUGCUGCUUUAUAUGCUAUAUUAGUAUUUUUCAGUACUAUUUUACUAAGAUCAAAAAAAAUAGAAACUGAUUUAAUGAAACAGACAUAAUUAAUUAAUAUUGCUGCAACGAUUAAAGAGCUAUGAACAUUUAAUACAAAAAAUAUUUUUCUUAUUAUUAUUGCAGUAAUUCGAAUAGUUGCAGGAUAUAAUGGAUAAAAAGCAAGCAUGUUUUCAUAUGUAUAUCCAUAUUUUGCUAUAUGUAUAAAAUAUUCUCCAUCCCAUCUUAUUAAACCACCAAAUAUAAAUUUAAUCAUAAUAUCAUAAUUGGAAACAUAUUCAUGAAUAUCAUGAGGGCUUCUAAAAGCAUCAGCAUUGUGAUCAGGACAUAUAAUAUUAAAAAUGAAUUGUAAGAUUAAUAUUAAUGCACGAGAAAUUAUAGCAAACCAAAAAAUUUUCUUUUUCACUACAUACAUUGUUAAUUGCCUAUAAUGGUCAUAUAGCUUAGAUUAGUAUUAAAUAUUUUACAUGUUCACACAUAUAAUAUUUAGAGAAUUUUAUUCUAAAUUUACAUUAUAUUCAAAUUUCAUGAUCUCCUAAAUAUUUAAACUCUACACCAAAAAAUAUAUACUAGGUAAUUAAUAUCUUAUGGUUUUCUGCUUUCUUUUAUCAUAUUCAAAAAGAAUUAAAAUACAUAAUAUACGUAAAUCGUUCUUUUUAAUAGCUGUUAAUGUCCCAGUUGCUUUUAUGAAUUUUAU